UAAAAAUCAAGCGUGGGACAGCUUUAUUGACUACGGACCCUCUGCAUAUCAUCUGAGAGGACCAAUCACCACCUCGACGCCAAUUUACCCUUUUAGCGAACCAAACGUAAACGAACCGCACAACUGGGAUUAUCAAACCGGCCAUUCUGCAGCUGAUACGGCAUGA